UAACUAAUGUGGAACUCCAGCGUCUGAAGGAUGCCUUCCGGAGGACCAGUGGCCUGUCCUGUUACAUGAGCCAGCAGUGCUUCCUCAGGGAGGUGCUGGGAGACGUCGUACCACCCAGGAUUGCUGAGGCUUCCAUUUCUUCUCCCUGGACCUCCUCAAUGUCCACCUCUUGAACAUCAGACUCUGAGGCCUCAUCUUUACUGUCACUUUCCAACCCUGUUGAGGAUGGCUCAUUGUCAGGCUCAAAAAGCCAAAAAAUUGCCCGGAUGGCCACCAAUUCUUCAACCCAUGUAUUGGUCAGUCUGUUGCAUGCUUUGGUGUGUGUGUUCCCAAACAAGGAUCUUUUGCGUUCUGAGGCGGCUGAUGUUUGUGGAAUUUGGAGAAUGAUUGAUUGAGGCAACAGGGGAAGGCACCUCAGAUCCACAAAGUCCCUUCCACCAGGUGACUGAUGAGAUAUGUUGGCACUGCCAUAUUGCAUCUCCAUCCCAAAGCCAUGGCUUAGAAGUGUACUUUUCCAGACUGCCAAGAACCUUGCCCUCAUCCAGGCCAAGGUGGCGAGACACGAUAGGCCUUGUUGAUCUCUGCACCAGACAGGAUGCUUUUGCCAGCAUACUUGGGGUCCAACAUGUACACUGCGGUGUGUAUGGGCUUCAGGCAGAAGUCUUCAUGAUUUUUGAUGCAUUUCAGAACUGCAGUUUCCUCUGCUUGGAGCAACAGUGAAGUGGGCAGGGCAGUAUGGCUUUCUUCUCUUACAUCUGCAAGCAGAGUCUGAACAUCAGGCAGGAUGGCAUUAUCUCCCUCAAUCUGUGCAAUGGCUACUGCUAUAGGUUUCAGGAGUUUCGGGCUGCUUAUCACUCUUUCCCAAAAUAUAUCAUCCAGGAGGAUUCUCUUGAUGGGGCUGUCCAUAUCGGUAGACUGAUAUGGCCAUUUCUUGGAGAGACUCCUUCCCCCCAGGAGACUGUCAAACAUGAUCAUGACAACACCACCCCAACGGGUGUUGCAGGGCAGCUUCAAUGUGGUGCUCUUAUUCUUCUCACUUCAAAUCUAACAUUAUUUGUCACAUGCGCCGAAUACAACAAGUGUAGACUUUACCGUUAACUGCUUACUGACAAGCCCUUAACCAACAGUGCAAUUGAAGAAGAAUUCAAAUAUUUACCAAGUAGACUAAAGUAAAAAAUUAACACAAUAACUAGGCUAUAUACAGGGGGCACCGGUACCGAGUCAUUGGGGGUACAGGUUAGUUGAGGUGAUUUGUACAUGUAGGUGGCGGUGAAGUGACUAUGCAUAGAUCACAAACAGCGAGUAGCAUCAGUGUACAAAAGGGGGGGUCAAUGUAAAUUGUCUGGUGGUGAUUUUAUUAAUUGUUCAGCAGUCUUUGCUUGGUGAGAUUGCUGCUAUAACUACAUGACCCUUCACAUACCUUACCAUUUCCUUGGCUCUCUUGUAGAGGGUAUCCAUUGUUUUCAGUGCCAUGAUGUCCUUGAGGAGCAGAUUCAACGCAUGAGCAGCACAGCCAAUGGGUGUGAUAUGAGGGUGAUAUACAGCUCAUUCGGUGGGACCUCUAAAGGACUGCACUUCAACAACCUAAUUGUUGGCCUGGUUCUCUUGACUAGAGGACGUGAUGAAGAAAAAGCUAAAUACAUUUUCAGUCUGUUUGCCAGCGAUUUGGGCAAUCAUGCAACGCGAGAGGACAUGGAAAGCAUGCUGCAGACUGUGGAUGGAGAGAUCCCACUUUCUCUCAGGAAGUGUUUCUCUGAGGGUGAGAAGGUAAAUUAUGAGAAAUUUAAGAGCUGGCUCCUGCAGAACAAGGAUGCCUUCACCUUCUCCCGCUGGCUCCUGUCCAGUGGGGUGUGUGUCACCCUGACAGACGAUAGUGACACACCCACCUUCUACCAGACCUUGGCUGGAGUAACACACUUAGAGGAAUCGGAUAUCAUUGACCUGGAGAAGAGAUACUGGCUGCUGAAAGCUCAGUCUCGGACAGGACGAUUUGACCUGGAAACCUUUGUCGCUUUAGUUUCUCCCACUAUUCAUACAUCCCUAAGUGAAGGUUUGUUUCAUGCCUUUGAUGAAAACAGGGACAAUCACAUAGAUUUUAAGGAAAUCUCAUGUGGACUAUCUGCUUGCUGCAGAGGGCCUUUGGCAGAGAGACAGAAGUUCUGUUUCAAAGUGUUUGACGUUGACCAUGAUGGGCUUCUGUCUCGAAAGGAAAUCACAGAAAUGGUUGGGGCAUUACUGGAGGUGUGGAAAGACAAUCGCAUAGACAUUCUACCUGAAGAGGACACUAAUGUCCAUGCCGUUGUGGAAGACAUCCUGAAGGAGCAUGACACCACUAAGCAAGGGCAUUUGACCCUGGAGGACUACCAAAUAUGGAGUGUGAAGAGUGCAUUUGCCAAUGAGUUCCUCAACCUGCUGUUUCAGGUGUGUCAUAUUGUCCUGGGGCUGCGGCCUGCCUCCCCUGAAGAGGAGGGACAGAUAAUCAGGGGCUGGUUGGAGAGGGCGAGCAGACACGGCCUCCAGCCAGGAGACUACUGGUUCCUCAUAGCAGUGCCAUGGUGGCAGCAGUGGAGGGACUACGUCAAAUAUGAUAACAAGCAUAUUGUGGUGGAGCAGCCAUUAGUGUUUGACACAGUGAGGAGUGGUGUAGGGGCCGGAACCCAGGCCAGGGCAGAGCAAGGCCCAGAGGGGGAGAGCAUUGCCAGCUCCCACAGCUCCACAGAGGAGAAGUUCGUAGACAACAUCUCCAGUGCAUCAGAGGCCUCCGAGACGACCAGCGGCAGCCUUCUACCCCGGGGCUCGACUGCUACGGAUAUCUGCUUUGCCCGUCAGCAUGAUGACACAGACAACCAGUGCUUCCUGGGGGCUGAUGGGAACAUGGUGGUUCUAAGGCCUGGGGCCAUCGAUAACCAGUCUCUGGUCAGAUCAGAGCCCUUAAAGGCUCCCACAUUGACUAUGGAGGGAGGCCUACUGAGGCGCUCCCCGUCCCUGAUUCUAGGCAGGGACUUUGAGGUUGUGCCAGAGCCUGUGUGGAGGGCACUCUACCACUGGUAUGGAGCCAACCUGGGUCUCCCCAGGCCGGUGAUCAGAAACACCAAGACAGACUGUGCUGAGCUGGAGCUGUUACCCCGACACCUGCUCUUCCUGAGGCAGCAGCAGCCCCCCCCCCGCACCCCCCAGAACAACGUCUGGGUCAAUAUGGGUAACGUUCCCUCUCCUAGUGCCCCCCUAAAGCGUGUGUUGGUCUACACGGGCUGUUUCAGUAGGGUGGGCACCAUCAAGGACAUCCAUGAAUACCUGUCCCAGAGACUCCGCAUCAAGGAGGAAGACAUGCGCCUCUGGCUCUACAACAGUGAGAAUUAUCUGACCCUCCUUGAUGACGAAGACCAUUCCCUGGAGGGGUUGAAGAUCCCAGAUGAACAGUACAUGGUCAUAGAAGUUCGGAACAAGGACAUGAGCUGGCCAGAGGAGAUGUCUUUCAUCGCUAACAGCAACAGGAUGAACAGACACAAUGUCCCUACUGAGAAAGGUGCCACUGGACUGAGCAACCUUGGCAACACGUGCUUCAUGAACUCCAGUAUCCAGUGUGUGAGCAACACCAAGCCUCUCACAGACUACUUCACCUCAGGAAACCACCUUUACGAACUCAACAGGACCAAUCCAAUUGGGAUGCGGGGUCACAUGGCCAAAUGCUAUGGUGAUCUGGUUCAGGAGUUGUGGAGCGGAACACAGAAGAACUUGGCCCCUCUGAAACUCAGAUGGACAAUAGCGAAGUACGCUCCCCGGUUCAAUGGCUUCCAGCAGCAGGACUCCCAGGAGCUGCUGGCCUUCCUGCUGGAUGGCCUUCACGAGGACCUGAACCGUGUUCACGAGAAGCCCUACGUGGAGCUGAAGGACAGCGACGGUCGACCAGACUGGGAGGUUGCUUCUGAGGCGUGGGAGAAUCACCUGAGGAGAAACCGUUCCAUUGUGGUGGACCUGUUCCAUGGCCAGCUCAGGUCACAGGUCAAGUGCAAGACCUGUGGCCACGUCAGUGCACGCUUUGAUCCCUUCAACUUCCUCUCUCUCCCUCUGCCCAUGGAUAACUCCAUGCACGUAGAGAUCAUAGUCACUAAACUGGAUGGGUCAUGCCCAGUGCGGUAUGGGCUCCGGCUCAAUGCGGAUGAGAAGUACACAGGCCUGAAGAGACUUCUGAGUGAGCUCUGCUGCCUGAAUCCUGAGCAGAUCCUCCUGGCUGAAGUACAUGCCUCCAACAUUAAGAAUUUUCCACUGGACAACCAGAAAGUGCGUCGGGCGGUGAGCGGCUUCCUGUGUGCGUUUGAGAUCCCGGUGCCAAGUGCGCCCACGUCUGUGGUGUCCACUCCCACACAAACAGAUGAAGCUCAAGCACUAGCCUAUGGGAACGCUACCAUGGUAACUGACAGUAACUCUCUGAACCUGGGACUGAUCCCCAAGGGCAUGCCCAGCACUGUGGUUCCCUGUGGCACAGAGGGCAGCCUUGCUAACGGUCUCUCCGACGGCCCCGUGGUGAUCCCAUCAGACAGCCCCUUCACUGGGUACAUUAUCACCAUCCACAGGAAGAUGAUGUGGGCAGAGUUAUACUUCCUGUCCAGUCAGAAGAACCGCCCCAGCCUGUUUGGGAUGCCGUUGAUCGUGCCGUGUACAGUCCACACCAGGACCAGGGACCUGUAUGAUUCUGUGUGGACCCAGGUGUCACGCCUGGCCAGUCCCUUGCCCCCUCAGGAGGCCAGCAACCACGCCCAGGACUGUGAUGACAGCAUGGGCUACCAGUAUCCCUUCACCCUGCGCGUGGUGCAGAAAGAUGGCAACUCCUGCGCUUGGUGUCCGUGGUACAGGUUCUGCAGAGGCUGCACAGUGGAGUGUAACGAUGAGAGGGCUGCUGUGGGAAAUGCCUUCAUGGCUGUGGACUGGGACCCCACUGCUCUGCACCUCCGCUACCAGACCUCUCAGGAGAGGAUCGUGGAGGAGCACCCCAGUGUGGAACAGAGUCGCAGGGCCCAGGCAGAGCCCAUCAGUCUGGACAGCUGUCUGCAGGCCUUUACCAGUGAGGAAGAGCUGGGAGAAGAUGAGCUCUACUACUGCUCCAAGUGCAAGACCCACCGCCUGGCCACCAAGAAACUGGACCUGUGGAGGCUGCCGCCCAUCCUGAUAAUUCAUUUAAAACGGUUCCAGUUUAUGAAUGGGCGGUGGAUCAAAUCCCAGAAGAUUGUUAGGUUUCCCAUGGAGACGUUUGACCCCAGUGCUUUCCUGACCCCAAGAGAUGCAGACCAAAGCCAAGAGAGCUGGAGGGAUACGCUGGGGGCGGAGCUACAUGACACAGAGGGAGGAGUGAAAAAGUCUGGGGGUGGAGACACUGUCUGUAACCCUGCCCUGACUCUCAACAAUGGGAAAGACCCUCUGUGCUCAGGGAGGAUGGCCAGCACCCCCCUCAGCAAAGACGUCUGUCCCAACUGCAGCCCUGAGAGUGAGGGCAGGAGGCAGGGCCGUGGGCUGGUGUUUCCCACGGGAAGCAGGUACCAACUGUCCCUCAGUAAGGAGAGCCUGGACAGUGGCAGGGAGAGCCCCAUGGAGCUGGAGGCCAGCAGGAUGAGGAUGGGGAGCAUGGGAGAAGGCCUCAGUGACUCCACCUCUGGUGAGGACAUGGCCAGAGAAUGUGACAACACAAAGUCUGUGUCUGAGCUUAACAGCAAUGGCUACACCGAGAACAGCAUGGAUCUGGAGGCCUCCCAGGGCCAAAGAGACCUGGAUCCCAUGUACAACUUGUAUGCAAUUUCAUGCCAUUCAGGGAUCCUAGGAGGAGGCCACUAUGUGACAUACGCCAAAAAUCCAAAUGAAAAGUGGUACUGUUACAACGACAGUAGCUGUAAGGAGUUGCAGUCAGAGGAGAUUGAUGCAGACUCUGCCUAUAUCCUGUUCUAUGAGCAGCAGGAAGUGGAUUAUUCUCUGUUCAUGCCAAAAACUGACGGCAAAAAGAUGGCCGACACAACUUCCAUGGACGAGGACUUUGAGUCUGACUAUAAGAAGUACUGUGUUCUUCAGUAAUGGACUGUCUGUCGAUAUGUGUCUAUGUGCUACCGGUUCAUCGACAUGCUUGUGCUACAAAACCACCUUACUAUUUGACUGAAAUCUCUCAGGUUGAGAUGAGCUGAAGCUUAGAAAUCAUCCCUGGUGGUUAGAAGUGGACAACGAACCAUUUUUACACCUUCAUAGUGGAUGGAUCUUUUUUUUCAAGUAAUGGUACUCAAGUGUAUUUCCCGCUUGCGAUGUCAAACAAAACGGUGGGCUGUGUGUUGGUUUGUUUUGGGGAGUGACAAUGCUUAUGCCCAUGGUGUUGGUCCUAGGCCAAAUGUGACAAAUGUGGGAGUGUGUGUUUUUGUUUGUAAACCAAUGCCAGUUGCAAUAUGCCAUUAAUGUUUCGACACAUUGAUUGGUACGCUCUGCAGUUACAUCCCCUCAUUGAAUAAUACAAACAAAUGAUUGCAGUAGAAGCGAGUGUUCACUACCUCAUCAUACCCUGCUUUGGACAGGAGUCAAAUGCAAUGUCCCAAUUCUAAAAUUCCCUUUUUUGUUGUCCUCCUCAAAUGUAAAUGAUUUAGACUCCAGACCGAUAGGCCUGGAUUAUAUUCAGUGUUUCUGAACUACAUUUAUGUAUUUGCAUUGCAAUGUAUCUUUUGUGUUUGUUUAUCGUGUCAGGUCUUUUAAGAACAAAGCCUCAGACUCUCACCGAUCUGAGAGGGUCUUCCUGUAGCGUCUGCUUUGUACCAAUUGUGUGCAGGUCCAUUCCAAAACCAUAUCAGUCUGUUCCAUCACAACAUUGUGAUGUUAUCACAUCAACAGUCGUGUCAUUACAGUAUGCCACCAACAGGCUGUAUCAUUGUGCCCAAUUUAACACAAUUCUUUAUAUACACUACCGUUCAAAAGUUUGGGUUCACUUAGAAAUGUCUGUUUUUGAAAGAAUAGCACUGUUUAUUUAUCCAUUAAAAUAACAUCAAAUUGAUAAGAUAUACAGUGUAGACAUUGUUAAUGUUAUAAAAAAAUAUUUUAUUUUACUUAACUAGGCAAGUCAGUUAAGAACAAAUUCUUAUUUUCAAUGAUGGCCUAGGAACAGUGGGUUAACUGCCUGUUCAGGGGCAGAACGACAGAUUUGUACCUUGUCAGCUCGGGGAUUUGAACUUGCAACCUUUCGGUUACUAGUCCAACACUCUACCCACUAGGCUACCUGUCGCCCCGGUAGCUGGAAACGGCAGAUUUAUUUUAAUGUAAUAUCUACAUAGGCGUACAGAGACCCAUUAUCAGCAACGUCAACAGUGAAGAGGCGAUUAUGGGAUGCUGACCUUCUAGACAGAGUUCCACUGUCAGUGUUCUUUUGCUGGUCUUAAUCUUUUCUUUUUAUUGGCCAAUCUGAGAUAUGGCUUUUUCUUUGCAACUCUGCCUAGAAGGCCAGCAUCCAGGAGUCGCCUCUUCAUUGUUGACGUUGAGACUGGUGUUUUGCGGGUACUAUUUAAUGAAGCUGCCAGUUGAGGACUUGUGAUGUGUCUGUUUCUCAAACUAGACACUAAUGUACUUGUCCUCUUGCUCAGAUGUGCAACAGGCCUCCCACUCUUUCUAUUCUGGUUAGUGCCAGUUUGUACUGUUCUGUGAAGGGACACAGCUUUGUACGAGAUCUGGAAUAGCUUUAAUUUCUCAAAACAACAAUAGACUGACGAGUUUCAGAAAUAAGUUAUUUGUUUCUGGCCAUUUUGAGCCUGUAAUCGAACCCACAAAUGCUGAUGCUCGACUAGUCUAAAGAAGGACAGUUUUAUUGCUUCUUUAAUCAGAACAACUGUUUUCAGCUGUGCUAACAUAGUUGCAAAAGAGUUUUCUAAUGAUCAAUUAGCCUUUUAAAAUGAUGAACUUGGAUUAGCUAACACAACGUGCCAUUGGAACACAGGUGUGAUGGUUAGGCCUCUGUACGCCUAUAUAGAUAUUCCAUUAAAAAAAUCAGCCGUUUCCAGCUACAAGUCAUUGACAACAUUAACAAUGUCUACACUGUAUUUCUGAUCAAUUUGAUGUUAUUUUAAUGGUCAAAUGUGAUUUUUCCUUAAAAAAAACAAGGACAUUUCUAAGUUACCCUAAACUUUUGAACGGUAGUGUAUACAGUUGAAGUUGGAAGUUUACAUACACCUUAGCCAAACAAAUUUAAACUCAGUCUUUGCUCGCACACGCUUUUUCAGUUCUGUCGUCAAAUUUUCUAUAGGAUUGAGAUCAGGGCUUUGUGAUGGCCACUCCAAUACCUUGACUUUGUUGUCCUUAAGCCAUUGUGCCACACCUUUGGAAGUAUGCUUGGGGGCAUUGUCCAUUUGGAAGACCCAAUUUGCUUUAACUUCCUGACAGAUGUCUUGAGAUGUUGCUUCAAUAUAUCCACAUUUUCCUUCACAAAAUAGAUGGCAUCAUGAGGCAGUGCACCAGUCCCUCCUGCAGCAAAGCACCCCCACAACAUGUUGCUGCCCCCCCUGCUUCACGGUUGGGCUGGUGUUCUUCGGCUUGCAAGCCUCCUCCUUUUUCCUCCAAAUAUAAUGAUGGUCAUCAAGGCUAAACAGUUCCAUUUUUGUUUCAUCAGACCAGAGGACAUUUCUCCAAAAAGUACGAUCUUUGUCCCCAUGUGUAGUUGCAAACCGUAGUCUGGCUUUUUACUGGCGGCUUUGGAGCAGUGGCUUCUUCGUUGCUGAGCGGUCUUUCAGGUUAUGUCGAUAUAGGACUUGUUUUACUGUGGAUAUAGAUACUUAUGUGCCCGUUUCCUCCAGCAUCUUCACAAGGUCCUUUGCUGUUGAUCUGGGAUUGAUUUGCACUUUUCGCAGCAAAGUACAUUCAUCUCUAGGAGACAGAACGCAUCUCCUUCCUGGGCUGUAUGAUGGCUGUGUGGUCCCAUGGUGUUUAUACUUUCGUACUGUUGUUUGUACAGAUGAACGUGGUACUGUCAGGCAUUUUGAAAUUCCUCCCAGGGAUGAACCAGACUUGUAGAGGUCUACAAAAAAAAUCUGAUGUCUUGGCUGAUUUCUUUUGAUUUCCCCAUGAUUUCAAGCAAAAAGGCACUGAGUUUGAAGGUAGGCCUUGAAAUACAUCCACAGAUUCACCUUCAAUUGACUCAAAUUAUGUCAAUUAGCCUAUCAUAAGCUUCUAAAGCCAUGACAUUUUCUGGAAUUUUCCAAGCUGUUUAAGGGCAUAGUCAACUUAGUGUAUGUACAUUUCUGACCCACUGGAAUUGUGAGACAGUGAAAUAAUCUGUAAACAAUUGUUGGGAAAAUGAUUUGGGUCAUGCACAAAGUAGAUAUCCUAAAAAAUGAGUUUUAAUGACUCCAACCUAAGUGCAAACUUCCGACUUCAACUGUACAUUGUUUUAGUUAACUAGGCAAGUCGGUUAUGAUGAAAUUCUUAUUUACAAUGACGGCCUAGGACACUGGCCAAACCCUGACGACGCUGGACCAAUUGUGCACCGCCCUAUGGGACUCCCAAUCACGGACGGUUGUUAUACAGCCUGGAUUCGACCCAGGGUGUUUAUAGUGACGCCUCUAGCACUGAGAUGCAGUGCCUUAGACCGCUGCGCCACUUGGGAGCCCUAAUGCAAGUCAUGAGAUCACAAAUUCGAAGGGCAGAAGUUGUGAAUAAUGUUGCAUCUUUCUGUAUGGGGUAUGGGGUAUUUGAUUUAGGCAGAGUGGGACAUUUGACAGUUUGAGCAGUUGUACCUUACCGUUAUUCAACAAGUGAAUAGCUAGCUUUUCCCUCUGAGCUUUGAAAGAUGUAUUUACUGUAACUAUAUUGACAUACACUGUAUGUGACACAUAGGAGUUGAAUUGAAUCUAAUCAGAUGGAGAAAAAAAUCACAAACUCUAGGCUGUGAGCUAUAGUAUAUCCAUUACAAUACACAGCUCUCAUUUCUUAAGUCUUGUUGAGGUAUAUGCUUUAUUUGGUGAAUCAAUUACAUAUUAUAACAGCUGGACAGAAAACUACCAACUCUACCUGGCCUAUGAUGGUAGAAUGAUACACAUCCUGAUAACAAUUAUAUUUUUUUACAAUUUUAACAUUAGCCGGCUAUUGCCGUGGUCAUUUUCAGAAUUGUCCCCCCGAAAAGCUUUAUGCAGUGAAUACUACUGAAUGAUUUAUCUAUUUUGUUUUAUGUCUAUUUAGUUUUUUAAUUUAUUCAUUUCAUGUACUUUUGUAAAAUGUUUAAAUUUAAAAUGUAUUUUGCAAUAACCCUUGAAGAAAAACUUAAAUGUACAUAAAUACUUUUGGAAAAAGGAUGUAUUGGAAUAUGAACUGUAAAGAUCUGCCUUGUAUAUGGAGUGAAUUAGUUUCUGUAACUAUUAAAGCAGCCAAUGAACUACA